CAAACGAGCGCAUUUAGCGCAUGCGUCUGACAAUUUUCGGCCAUAUUGUUAUGACGCAUACAAGAUCAUAGGUCUCCGCCAGUGACGAGUCUUCUCGCAGUUGACGUGGCUACUACGUACCAUCCCGUUCGCCCACUCCGGACGCAGCAUAGACGGUGACGAGGAAUACGUAACUGGAUUUCCAAGUCAACAAGAAACUUGUCAGAGAACCAGAGAGUGUUUAUAUUCAACGAAAGAUUUGCCUUUGAGCAUGUCUGAAGAUCAAGGAAUGCACAGAAAGUUGACCUUGAAUUUUAGGUGACCUUAGUGGGCAUGGAUGGAAUGGUGGAAGAGAAUGGCACUUCAAGCGGUGCUGGUCCCACGGAUACGCUGGCCAGUGCAAGCUCCUCGGCGGCCGCGUCUGCUCCACACGUAGUCGCCGUCACCAGCAUAGUGCAACUAACAUUACCAACACAAGCUCCAUCUGCACAGGUUCAAUCAGUAAUACAACCAAACCAACAAUCUGUAAUUCAAACAGCAUCCAAUAUACAGUCUGUGCAGUUACCAAAAGGGAAUGUGAUUCUUGUUAGUAAACCAAAUUCAGUUAUACACACCACACAAGGGACCCUACAGACAUUGCAGAUAAAACCUGAACCCAACACCUUAGUAAGCACCCAAGGCCAAUCUUGCAGCGAUGACAGUUGUAGUGGUGAUGAAAGUCCAAAGCGGAAAUACCGGGAGAUGCUGACCCGGCGCCCAUCAUAUCGCAAAAUUUUGAAUGAUCUUGGUGGUGCUGAAAUUGCUGAAAAUCGCAUGGGAACUAAACCGGGAAACGAGAACGAAGUGUCGCUGUCAUCUUCUUUAUCAUUUGCGCCAGUGAUUCCAGCCGGAGCCCUACAAACGGAAAGUGGUCUGCACACGCUGUCUGUCUCGGGAACAGGCGCUGGCGGCGCUAUUGUACAGUACGCGACUAAUCAAGACGAACAUUUUUAUGUGCCUGGUCCAAUGUUAGAAGACCAGACACGUAAACGUGAACUUCGGUUAUUAAAGAAUCGAGAAGCAGCAAGGGAGUGUCGUCGUAAAAAAAAGGAAUAUAUAAAAUGCUUAGAAAACAGAGUUGCAGUGCUUGAAAAUCAAAACAAAGCACUAAUAGAGGAAUUGAAAACAUUAAAAGAAUUAUACUGCCAACAAAAGGUAGAAUGAGGUCCAGCUGGCUAACGGGUGUGCCGCUGCCCUGCCAGUGAGAGACUUAAGGCACACAUUGUUACUGUCUGUGCUUGAGUGCAGCAUUCAGAUACCUUGAUAAGACUCGCAACUUUAUGAGGAUUACACUUUUGUAAUUCCAUAUCUUAGCAGUUGGUGAAGUCAAGUCAAAUUGUUCAAUUCAUAUUUUCUUAAAGUAUUGUUAGAUUUGAUGUAUUGAAUUGUUAAUGUGUUUUGUAAUUUUCUAUUGUUGUUUUAAUAUCAUUUGUUUGAUUUUUAUGCAGUGUAAGAAUCACGGAACCGACAAUUUAGUAAUAGUCGCUUGUUACUCACACUUCUUUAGAUUUUAAAUUCAUUCAAAUUAAUAAUUGUUUUAGUACCAUAAGCUUACAGAAGAAAUUGUCAGAUACAAAUAUUUACCAUUCCAAAGCUCGACCUAGUGCCAUUUUUGGAGUUGGAAUGUUUUUGUUCAUGAUUUAAUUAAUUCAACUUUUUUAUUGAAAUAUGCUUAAAAAUAAUUAUUGUUACUUGCCGAGGUACUUGUCGUUCUCAACUGAUUAGGAUGAUGCUGUUAAUAUUUUGUCACAUGUGUCUGUGAUUGUAGAUACUGAAGUGAUGGACAUUACACUAAGUAAGCUGAUUAUUACCUAAUACUUUCAACACCGCACAGGGUGUAAUUAAUGGAUAAGCCAAAGUUAAUAUUUUUAGUUGUUUUGUGCAAUAUCCAUAUUGCAAUGUACAGUUAUCUAUUUUUUUCUUAUUCUUAUAUAAUACAUACCUUUAACAAAUGAAAAUAAGAAUUUGUACAUUGUGUAUAGUUGGAAAGAUAUAUUAUGUAAAAAAUGUAUAAAAACUUUGUAUAUAUACUAGUGUAAUAGUGUGGAUGAGGAAGAAUGGUGGAUGAAUAUGUUUUAUCAUUAACAAUCAAAUUUUAUUUGACACCAUUCAGAAAUUAUGUGUGGAAUAAAUACAUAUUAUUUAAAUAUACCAUUCUUUAGUUCUAUCAUCCACAUAAUAAUAUACACCAUUGUAUUUUGUUUUUGUGAAUGGGUAAUUUUAGCAGACUACCAGAGUUAAAAUAAGAUUUUAUAUAUUUUGUUUGCCAUGAUUGAUUUAUGUCUUUACCUCUAAAGAUUGAUAAUUAUUGUGACAAUUUAAUUGUUUGUUAAUAUACUAAAACUGAUAUAUGUGUAUAUGUAAAGAUGACAUGUAUACUUGUUAUUUUUUAAUGAAGUUUCAUAUAGGUCAAUUAUGGCAAAUGAUUUAGCAUUAAUGAUAGACAUUGUGGAAAGUGCCUUUACUUAGAAUGAAUAAAAUUUAUACCAACAUAGCUCUUUAUGUUAACUUAAUGCUAUUUAUAAAAUUAAUAAUAUUAACUGUUUGAUGUA